AUGCCUCCAGAAUAUGCAAUAGAAGGCAUUUUCUCUGAGAAAUCAGAUGUCUUUAGUUUUGGAGUUUUGCUAUUGGAGACAAUUAGUGGGAGGAAAAGCACAAGCUUCUACAAUGAUCAGCAAGCUCUAACUCUCAUAGGAUUUGCAUGGAAACUAUGGAAUGAAGACAAUAUCAUGCCCUUAAUAGAUCCUAAGAUACAUAAACCACAAUUUGUAAAGGAUAUGAUGAAAUGCACACAUAUUGGAUUAUUGUGCGUGCAAGAACUUGCAAAAGACCGACCUAACAUGGAUUCUGUCAUCUUAAUGCUGCACAGCAAGAUUGUCAAUUUGCCUUUCCCCAAGCAACCAGCCUUCAUCAAUUGGCAGGCUGCAUUUGCAGAGAGUUCCGAAAAUCAACAAAAAUCUAGCUCCAAUUAUCAUGUCACUAUCACAAACAUCCAGGGUAGGUAG